GCGAAACCCGGCUAAUCCUCCUCUCCAGUAGAUGGCGAUGUCUGAUGUCGCUGUUGCUAUUUUUGUUUGCACAUAACAUAUUUCUUUGGAACCCUAAGUGAAAGUUUGGGCGUGUAUACGAGUAUUCGCUCUAAAUUCUUAUGCUUUACAAAGAAAUGUGUUUGUGAAUUUGCACAGAUUUGCGGGGGCGGGUGCAGAGUGGCGUGGCCCUGUGGACUGAAGUGUUGUGCCGCGUGAUCGCCGUUUGAACAUUUUACGCGGGAGAUGAAAUACAGCGGAAGUAAACAGUCGCUUUAGUCGCUAAUUUCAUUGUGAAGGAACUGCGUAGGAAGUAACUUAUUUGUGUUACAAGUUUGACACAGCAGGACUGAGGAAGAUGAGCUCAAAAAAGUCUCGAGUGGUGAAGAUGCUGAAGAAACUCCAGAGUGACCUUUUGGCGGAAGACGGGGGCGUGGAGAAAACGCAGACGUUGUCUUCAUUAAACGUCUCCUCUAUUGAGAAGGCCAGCUUUUUCGAGGACGACGAUGUUAGCAUUCACGGCAAUCCACUUCAUAGCACUGCGCUUGAGGAUGUGCUCAGUCCUGCUCUGGGACAGAGAGAGGGUCUGCCACAGCCAUCUGUCAGCAAAGAGGAGACCAGAGGCAGAAGGAAGAGUGCUGGGAGAUGCCAUGCCAAAGGCAGCCACACGCUGGAAAGGCAAACAGGCACAAGAGUGAAAUCAAGGACUUUAGGAAGGGUUUCAGAGGGUGUGGAAACAGUGGAAACAUCCGGUACGCAGAGUGGGUCUGCGGUGACUACAUCCUCCAAGGUGCUUUCUGAAGAUCAUAGUGUCCAACCCAGUGACUUGAGAGAGAGCACCGAGAAGGAUGACCGAAAAAGGCUGACAUCUGUGUCCUCUGAAGAGCUCAGUGAUGACGACACCAGCUGGCACACAGAACAGGGCAAGAAGAAGGCAUUACCACGUGGGUCCGUGGUUAACAAGACGAAAGGCAUGCACAAGAACAGGAACUUCCGGUGUAGGACUUCGGGUCCUCCCAAAAAAAAGAUGCGCAAAGAAAUGGAUGUAAAAAAUCCUAUUGACUUGGACAUAGCGCUGGAGUCAUUUAAGGCAUUUGUAUCGGAGUAUAUAGAAACCGUUGAUUCUCAGUCAGUCAAACAGGCAAUAAAUGCCUUCUCAAACACAUUUGAGGACAGACUAAUGGAACUGAUAUCUGAGACAAAGGAGCUGAGCACCUUGAAAAAGCAAAAUACCAAGAUUGAUGCUGCCAUCAACCGAAAGAGAGCAAGGCUGGUAGAAGUGAAAAAUGAACUGAUAAAGAGCGAGGUGCAGCUGAAGAAGAUGGAGAAAGAACACGCUCAGCUACGGGAGAGACUGACUGACAUUCAGAGCAGCACCUCUUUCCUUGCAGACCUAAGGGACCUUAACAAGGAGUACCUGGCGUACCGGGAACGGCACCCGGGCGAGGUGGAAAUGUAUGGACCAUCCAGCCUCCCAGCCCUGCUGCUGGAGGCUCGCCGUGUGAUGGGGGCAGAACAACAGCUGAAGAUCAUCAAUGAGAAGCUGCAGCAGGCUUUGGAUCGUGCUGCGUACAGUUGAGCCAGCUUCGACCCUGGAGGGGCUACAGGAAUACUGUGAAGGGUCACAUUGUGUCCUGGCCAACAUCCAGAGAAAUGAGACUUGUGAUCUUGUCUCAUAUGAAAAGCUCAGCCAGAUGUGUGCUUUUAUGUCCUCUCUUUCUAGUGCAUCAUCCUCUGUGUGGAUACCAGGAUAGUGUAAAAUUACUUCUGUGUAAUUGCCUGUGUGCUACACUAUAUAGCUGGAAGUCUGAGUGUGACAUUAUGGUUUAUGCAGACACACUAGACUACAGUGUAGAUGAGGUACUAAUUACACUCUGCUAUUUAGGGCCAGUUUUCUGUCUCCCAACCCAACGCACGAAAACUCUGUCACCUAUGGGUUUAGUAUAUGUAAAGUGGACGAUGACUGGCAUCUAAUGUAACUUCAGACAUUCAGUAGAUGGGUGAUCAUGAACGAAUCAUGACUCCAGAACUAGUGGAUGCUGAUAAAGUUUCAGCCCCUGCAAACUUUCACAUUAAAUAAUCCAUAGUAUGAAUCACAGCUGUAAAUAGAACUAAAUCUUUAUAUUGUCAUAAUGCACAAGGCCAGCAAAAGUUGACUUUCUGGUCUUUUUUCUAGACUUGUAUCUGGAUGGAAAAAAAUGUAUUCAGGAGGACAAAUGAAGUUUGAAUGUAAUCUUUUCAGUUCUGUUUGUGUGAAGUGUCCUGAGUUUCUUGUAUGUGUUGUGCAUAACAGUUGAUUGUAAAUUUGCUAAUUUUGCAGAAGCCUUUUACACAUCUCAUCAGUAGGGGACGCUGUCUAAAGACUUUCUUUUACAGAAAUUAUAAUGUGUUAAUAUUAAGAAGAAAUCCAA